GCGUAUUUUCCUUUUGAUUUUUUUGAGAUUUUUUUCUAAACCUCUAAUUCAAACAAUUUAUUCCAACUUUCCAGGAUAUACCAAAAAAACAAAAAGUCACAAUGCCCAAGUCGAAGCGUUCCAAGGUCGUCCACCUUACGCAGGUCAACAAGAAGACCCGCGAGCACAAGGAGAGACUGUUCGAAAACAUUCGCGAAUGCGUGCCUCAGUACCAACACUGCUUCGUUUUUGCAGUUGAUAACAUGCGCAACACUUACCUAAAAGACGUGAGGCAGGAAUUGUCAGAUAGCCGUCUCUUCUUCGGCAAGACAAAACUCAUGGCCCGCGCCCUCGGCCACGGCCCCGAGGACAGCUACGCCGACAACAUCUACAAGCUGACGCCCUACCUGCGCGGCACCGUCGGCCUCCUCUUCUCCAACCGGUCUCCCACCCAGCUCCUGCCGUACCUCGAGUCCCUGGCCGGCGAGAAAGUAGACUUCGCGCGCGCCGGCGCUGUCGCCCCGAGGGAUUUCGUCAUCCCCCCGGGCACCGUAUAUGCCACCGGCGGUGAGGUCCCCGCAGAACACGACGUACCCCUGGGCCACACGCUCGAGCCCGAGCUGCGCCGUCUGGGUAUGCCCGUGCGUAUGGUCAAGGGCCGCGUCGUGCUGGAGGAAGGUCUUGAAGGAGUAGCUAAAGACGAAGGGUACGUCGUAUGUCGCCAGGGCGACGUGCUAGACUCGCGGCAGACGCGGCUGCUGAAGCUCUUCAGCGUGUGCCUGAGCGAGUUCAAGAUUAAGGUCGUUGCCUACUGGAGCGCGGCCACCUCCGAAGUCACGCCCGUGGACCCGGAGGCCAUGGACGGCGUUGAGGACGAGGGAAGCGACUAAAAAAUGGGAAUGCACACACACAUAUAUGUCUGUUGUUGUUUUUUGUUUUGUUUUUUUCCCUCCCUCUCUCGUAUAUAUUCUCGUAUUUGCAUUUACGGCGAUACCAUGGUUGUUGGCGUUUUCGGAAGAGGCAAAAAGAAGAAAAAGGGGCCGGAAAGGGUUUUCCAUCAAGUCAUUCAGGUUUUCACAAUUUCGCUAUUUUCAUAUGGGGCAUCAGCCAUUAGCAUGUUAAGGCUUAUUCGGGUCUAAAGGCAUCAUAUGAGUCGUGAAUAUCCAAAACGAUCGUGGGUUCAAAAACCAAAAAC